AUGGUUUUACCAAAACACAAAACAGCAGCAGUGGCUAUUGACUUUGGUACUAGUUGUAGUGGUAGUGCUUAUGCAUUUAUAACCAAUAGUGAUGAAAAUGUAAAUAUCUAUGUACACGACUCUUGGGCUGGAGGAGGCUGUGUCAACUCAAAGACAGUAACUGUAAUCUCGCUCGACCAACACGGGAGACUAUCAAAGUUUGGUUAUGAUGCUCGUGAAGAUCACGGUAAUGCUAUCUUUUCAAACUACAAGAUGGUACUCUUUAACUCGGUGUCUAGAGAAAAGACAAUGGUCAAGGCUGAUAAUUGUGAUCAAACUGCAUCGGUCGAAUGGCUCAUCACAGAGACUCUCAGGUUCUUUGGACAAACAGUUUUGGAGAGAAUCAAUAAUGCUAGAAAGAACAAGAUCCAUCAAAGUGAUGUACUAUGGGUCAUCACAGUACCUGCAAUUUGGGAUGAUGCUGCUAAACAAAUCAUGCGUCAGUGUGCUAUCAAAGCUGGUUUAUGUACUAUUGCUGAUGAUAAAGAAUCAUUGUUACUUGCAUAUGAACCAGAGAGUGGAGCUAUGGAUUGUAUAUUUGAAAGAACACGUCUCUACCAUGUAGAGGUUGGUCAAACGGUUCUUGUUUGUGAUCUUGGUGGAGGUACUGUUGAUUUUACUGUUUACAGACAAUUGGCAGAUGGAAAGAUUGAAAGUAUUGUUAGACCAUUUGGUGGCAAUUACGGGUCUACUUAUAGCAAUGCAAGAUUUAAGGAUUUCUUGUUGGAUUUGUUUGGCUUCCUUCCUCCCAAACAACAAGAAAUCAUCAAUAGUCUCGACUUUAUUACUUUGUUGGAUAGAUUUGAAAUUGUUAAAAGGUCAAUGUGUUCAAGCGAAUCUUGUAGCGAUGACAAGCCAAGAAUCAUUGCAUUUAGUCCAAGAACGAUUGACCAAUCUAUUGAAUGGUUCAUUGGAAGAGUCAAUGACUAUAACCACCGACACCAAGGUGCCGGCCUUGAAUACAAGAGAUCUGGUCAUCUCUAUAUCCCAUUAAACACUUUUAUGGAGUUGUUUCUCAACCCAUUAUUCAAGAGUAUUAUUGACUGCAUCAAGGAUCAAAUGAACACCAACCCUGCCAUUUGCAACCCAACUCAUAUCUUUAUGAUUGGUGGGUUUAGUGAAAACUAUUUCCUUCAACAAUUGAUAAAGAAAGAGUUUGGACGUGGACCCGGUGGUGAAAAUGUCAUAAUACCACUACGACCAUCUUUGUGUGUUGUCAAGGGUGCAUGUAGAUUCGGUCUCCGUCCAUGGGUCGUCACUAAACGUAUUGUCCAAAAAUCAUAUGCUCUCGAGGUUGACGGUCUCAUCACUGCCGACACUCCACACAAUGGAAGACAACAAUGUAUAAUCAAUGGUAAACCAUAUGCCAAGAAUGUGUGUGAUGUGUUUGUCAAGGCUGGUGAAUCUAUUGGUCUGAGUGAAAGUAAAACAAAGACUUUUGUACCAACUAGUGAAAAUCAACAGGUUGUCGAGCUCGCCAUAUUUACAUCACAUCUCGCACAGAUGGACUAUACAACCAAUCCUGCAAUCUCAUUUGCUGGUGAUCUAACUCUAGCUAUUCCACCAGGCGACACACUGGAGGAUAGAAAGGUCGAUGUGACAUUAGAGUUUGGUGCCACUGAAGUAUUUGUUACAGCUCGUCAUGUAAAGACUGGUGUCAAAGUCAACUCUUCCAUUAAAUUUGCAAUGACCAAUGAAGAGAUUGAUAGAAGAAACAAGAUCCGUCUUGAAAAGACUAAACCUCUGUCGGUACAACUCUGCAUUUGCAUGGAUAUCACCGGAUCGAUGCAAUCAUGGAUCAACGAGGCCAAAAACAAGAUGGUUCAACUUGCCAAAGUACUAUCCAAUGCAUACGCUGGUAUACAAUUUGAAGUUUCAUUUGUUGGUUACCGUGACUACACUGAUCCCAUUCGAUUUGAAAACAUUGCAUUUUCAUCAAACAUGGAGGUACUCGAACAAGGUUUGGCAAAGAUCGUUGCAAGUGGAGGUGGAGAUAUUCCAGAAGAUGUAGUUGGUGGAUUCCAACAUGUCCUAUUACAAGAAUGGAAAGAAGGGUAUACCAAAGUGUGUAUACAUGUUGCUGACGCUCCCUGUCACGGUACAAAGUAUCAUGAUUUCGGUGCAGUUUCCGAUUCUUUACCACACGGUGAUACAAAUGUUCCUCCAGAAGAACAAAUCAAAACCAUGAAGAAUAGAGGAAUCGAUUAUUAUUUCAUCAAGAUUAAUCAUCAAACCGAUCGGAUGAUUGAAGAAUUUAGAAAGACCUAUGAUACCGACCAAAAGAAGAUAGUGGUUGCCAAUCUAGGUUCAGAUGUCACUAAAUUAAUUCCAUCUUUGGUAUCAUUUGUUUCAAAUUCAAUUACUCAAUUUGUAUCAAUCGACUUUGGUACUAGUUGUAGUGGCUAUGCAUAUUCAUUUAUAACAGAAAAUAAUGUUGAUAUCUAUGUACACGAUUCGUGGCCUGGGGGUGGAUCGACUAGUUUAAAGACAUUGACCUUGAUAUCAAUCGAUGUGAAUGGAAAGCUUGUAAAGUUUGGUUAUGAUGCUCGUGAAGAUCAUGAUAAUGCUAUCUUUUCAAACUUCAAGAUGGUACUAUUUGACUCAGAGUCGAGAGAAAAGACAAUGGUCAAGGCUGAUAAUUGUGAUCAAACUGCAUCGGUUGAAACACUCAUCACAGAGACUCUAAAGUUCUUUAAACAAACAAGUUUGGAGAGAAUCAACAAUGGCAACACCAACGCAGUUGAACCAAGUCAAGUUCUAUGGGUCAUCACAGUACCUGCCAUUUGGGAUGACGCAGCUAAACAAAUCAUGCGUCGGUGUGCUAUCAGUGCUGGUUUAUGUACUAUUGCUAAUGAUAAAGAAUCAUUAAUACUUGCAUAUGAACCAGAGAGUGGAGCUAUGGAUUGUAUUUUUGAAAAAACAAAUAACUAUAGUGUAGAGGCUGGUCAAAUUGUUCUUGUAUUUGAUAUUGGUGGAGGUACUGCUGAUUUUACUGUUUAUAAACAAUUGGCUGAUGGAAAGAUUGAAGGAAUUGUCAGACCAUUUGGAGGUAAUUUUGGAUCAACUUAUUGUAACAAAAACUUUAAGAAAUUUAUGUUGGAUUUACUUGGUGAUGAGGUGACACAAGAUAUGAUUGAUGGUACUGAUUUCAUGGCAUUGAUGGAUAGGUUUGAAAGUGCCAAGAAGUCCAUGUGUGAUAGUAGCGCCAACGAUGGCAAGCCAAGAUACAUUUCAUUUAAUCCACGUGUAUUUGACAAGAAUAUCGAUUGGCUACUCCAACGAAUUCAAAAAUACAAUGCUGCCACCACUGCCAAUAUCGAAUACAAGAGAUCGGGUCAUCUUGUCAUUCCCAUGGAAUCAUUUAUGACCUUUUUACAACCACUAUUCCACAAAAUAGUAGAUUGCGUCAAGCAACAAAUGCUACAAAACGAUGCCAUCAAGAAACCAAAUUUUAUCUUUAUGAUUGGUGGAUUUAGUGAUAACUAUUUCCUACAAGAAUUGGUAAAGAGAGAGUUUGCAUCGACUGGUGCCAGGAUUAUAGUACCAACCCGACCAUCAUUGUCUGUAGUCAAGGGUGCAUGUAGAUUUGGUCUACGUCCAUCUGUCAUUACCAAACGUACUAUCCAAAGAUCGUAUGCUGUCGAGGUGAUAGAAGAGAUGACACCUGAAAAACAUGUUGGUAGACAACCUUAUCUUGUCAAUGGAAAGUUGUAUGCAAAUAAUUCUGUUGGUAUCGACGAAAUAGUAACUCGAGGAUAUGGACCAGUCAGUGCUGCAGCAACCUCUGUCAACAUUGCAAUAUUCACUUCACUCUUGUCUGACAUCAAAUACACAACCGAACCUGGUAUUUCCUUUGCCGCUGAAAUCAAAAUCCCAGUACCACCAGGCGACAAUCUUGAAGAUAAAUCGGUUAUUGUCACUAUGAAGUUUGGUGCCACCGAAGUAUUUGUAUCUGCCAUUCAAAUUAAAACACUUCAAAAGAUAGAUGCUACCAUAGAAUUUGCAAUGACUAGAGAAGAAGCCGAAAGAAGAAAUAAAGAACGUCUAGGAAAGUAUAUUUUCACUGUUCAUUUUGAUAUUCAAUCAAUUUACUAA